GGAGCAUCGGUGAUUGAUGAUGAGGAGCGCCGCAGUGAAACAUGGGCCAUCAUCACCUUCAGCACCUUUCAAAUUAAACACUUUAACGUCACGCUGUGCGUAAAGCGCUCCCCAAUGCUCGUCGCGCCGCGGCUCGUGUCACCCCGCCUCCCCGCGGACGGAUCAAUGUGGAUCUGUGCUCCAAGAAGUUCAGCAAGCCCACCUGAGAAGUCCAUCUGAAACACUCUGCUCUUGGUUUUUUGUCUUUUUUAACUGAACACUGUGGGUGUCGGGGUGGUGGUGGUGGGGGACAUGUUGGACGCUGCACCCUGAGGAAGAGGUGGAGGAGGAGGGUGAGAUGGAUUUUGAGGUGAAAGAUGUAGAGGGGUCCAACUGCUCGCUGAAUGAAAGCGGCUGCGGGCAGAGCGCGUCCUCCGGCGGAGUGUCCACUGCGCUGGCCAGCGUGCUGAUCUUCACCAUCGUGGUGGACAUCCUGGGCAACGUGCUCGUCAUCCUGUCUGUGUACAGGAACAAGAAGCUUAGGAACGCAGGCAACAUCUUUGUGGUGAGCCUUUCUGUAGCAGACCUGGUGGUGGCGCUGUACCCGUACCCACUGGUCCUAACAGCUAUCUUCCACAAUGACUGGACCAUGGGCGACCUACACUGUCAGGCCAGUGGCUUCAUCAUGGGCCUUAGUGUCAUAGGCUCCAUAUUCAACAUCACGGCCAUCGCCAUCAACCGGUACUGCUACAUCUGCCACAGCCUCCACUAUGAUCGCCUGUACAGCCUGAGGAACACAUGCUGCUAUCUGGGCCUCACUUGGUUGCUCACAGCCAUCGCGACGGUGCCAAACCUUUUUGUUGGUUCUCUACAGUACGACCCACGGAUUUACUCGUGUACUUUCGCUCAGACUGUCAGCUCGUAUUACACCAUCUCGGUGGUGGUCAUUCACUUCCUGAUCCCAUUGCUGGUCGUGUCCUAUUGUUACAUGAGGAUAUGGGUACUGGUGAUUCAAGUGAAACAUCGAGUUAAGCCAGAUCAAAGGACUAGGCUGAAACCUAGCGAUGUGAGGAACUUCCUGACCAUGUUUAUGGUGUUUGUGUUGUUUGCUGUGUGCUGGGCUCCACUGAAUCUCAUAGGCCUGGCUGUGGCCAUAAACCCUGUGAAGGUUGCGCCCAAAAUACCUGAGUGGCUCUUUGUCACAAGCUACUUCAUGGCGUACUUCAACAGCUGCCUCAAUGCCAUCAUAUAUGGGCUGCUCAACCAAAACUUUCGGAAGGAGUACAAAACAAUCCUCCUUGCUCUUUGCAUCCCACGAUUGCUUCUCAUGGAGACCUCCCGGUGUGCCACUGAGGGACUGAAGAGCAAGCCUUCACCGGCCAUAACAAAUAAUAAUGUAGCAGAGAUAAAUGUACAAACUUGUGUGUAAUAAGUGGAUGUGCCGUGAUUCACUCAGUGCCUUUUCAGAAUGAGUCAUGUUCUUGUCGUAAGGAUACUUUUAUGUGUUUACUGAAUUAAUCUGGCACAUAAUGAGAUCUGUGUUCACCAGGUUUAUGUACACAGGGUUUGAUGCUCCACAGCUGAACUGGAAAACCUUGGGGAUAUUGGACCCUGGACAAACACUGUGCCUUCAAAUAGAUGUCAUGAGCUCACAGUUUAGACAUGGGAAGUCACGCAGACAAUUCACGAACUCACAGUUUGCAGAAAAUAGGCAACGUACCAGGUGGUAAGUGCAACUUGAAAAGGGGGUUCAGACGACUCCUCUUGUGAGCAUGGAUAGUGUGAUUGUGUUUGAAUGCAUCAGUCAACGUGAACAUGUCAGACCCUGUGUUUGCUCCAUUGCGGUGUUUUCCACUGACUGCCUUUCUGCACUGUUUGUGUACGGUCAUUAGGCAGGACAGCAAUUCAGCAAACAAACUUCUGUAUUUAGAUAAAAUUCAUCUAAAAUAAAAACAAAAUGUAUUUUUCUUAUAAUUCAUUAGAAAAAAAUGCAUAGCCAUACUAUUCUGGCUCCAACCCUUAAAUUUAAAGCUUUUGUAACAAAUAUGCAAACAAGCUAGGCUUUGAACACAAACACAGUCACACAACACUCACCUCUCUUCUCUGGUAUAUUCCCUAUUAUAUCAAAGCCCAACACCUACAUUGCCACAGUAAACAGGAACGUGCUAAACACCAGUCACUGGCUUGCAUUGGCGUUGCAGCUUUCAUAACAAUCUGUAAAAUCCUUGGCAACAAUGACUGUAAAUUAGCCUUUAUUAGUGGUGAGUCUCUCACAUCCCUGUGGAAGAGUUUUGUCCCACUCUUCUUCACAGACUUUUUCCCAUGAUAAACGGCCUGCACAUGUAUAGUGCCUUUCAGAGUCAGAGGGCUCCAAAGCACUUUACACCACAUUCACACACUGAUGCUGAUGAGCUGCAAGAUAGCCACAGCUGCCCUGGGGAACACUGUCAAUGUCAAGGUCAAAGGUGAGAUAUUCUACGGGAUUUUCCUCUAGAGGAAAGGAUUCAUGGUUUCAUCAGUCACAGGAAGUGGUCUAGGUGCUAAAGCAGCAAAACGCCACCAUGUCUGACUGUUGCCAUGAUGGUCUUGCUCUAAAUAAAAAGGCUAAUCAAAGUCAAUACAUGCUUUAAAAAGUGAGGUGAUUACUGAUUUUACCUGGGGCCAGUCUGUUGUCUGCUGUCAUCACAGGCCACUCCGCCAACAUCCAGGUAGCCUCUCGGGUCCGGAUCUCUCCUCCCCUGGACUGUAAACACUAACACCCAGUCUCCCAAUGUAGCCAGCUAGGAGUUUAACCUCCACAGUGUAAAGAAAUUGUUUCUGUUUAAUCUAGUCUGCCUAGAAAUCAAAAACAGUAUUUUUUCCUGUGAGAGAACAGAAUAGCUGUCCAGUCUUCCAAAUGAAGUUAAAUCUGCGGAAAUGGUUGGAUUUUGUGUUUUCAGGAGCUCUCAAAAACUGAGCCAGAAUGUAACCGUGAUUUCACACACAGCUUAUUAAACGUCUGCCAAUAUCGAAGUGGGUUUUCAGACAGAUUACUUGUUAAAACCGGCACCAAUCCAGCGUUAAAGUCGCCCGACAGAGCGCCAGGGCAGUGAGUACAACCAAAAUGCUAAAUGCUAGCUGAAUGGUUAGAAAGGUUGGUGGGUGAGCGUCAAGAGACAAACUGGGACUGAUUCAUCCCAACUGAUUUUUCUCCAUCCGAGUGGUGUGUGCUUGUGGGAAACCCCCCACCCCCCCUUUCUCUGGAUCUUUAGCCGUGUACUAAAGUGGAAUUUGCGGGGGUCAUCAAAUCCAAGCACCUUAUUUGUGGGUUGAAAGAAUGGUUCACAAAUUGUAUUUUUAAAUUUCAUUAAAAAAUGACAUCUCAAUAGUGCCAGUGGUAAUGUUUCAUCAUAUCGUGGGCCUACCAUUGCUGUGGGAGGUGUAAAGUAGCAUGGUAUGGGCCCUUUAUGUGUGUCAAAAAAUCUAUAAGUAAUCAAAUACUUUUUUCCACAAAACUGUAGUUGGAUGAAAACUUCCAGAGAACAAUUGUUAUUCUUAUAUCCAGAUGCAAUGUUUAAAGGUAGAUUUUACUUUUGAACCACUUCCCUGCAUGUGUUCACCUUAGAGGUAACGCCCCACUGGUUGCCUCAGAGGAAAACACAACAGUAUGGUAUUGUUUGGAUUAAGUGGCUUUGAGAAUUAAAAGUGGGUGGAGUGCCAGUUGCAAGUCAGACUCUUAAAUUCAAUCCUCAGUGAAUGUGAACAUCUCAGGCCCAUUUUCAUGGGGGAUGUAAUGAGGUUAUGAAUUUACCAGGAAACUGCUGCUCCCUUAGGCUGGAUGUUUUCUUUCUUUUUUGAGCAAUUGUGCCCCUACUCCCAAAAAAACACUCUAGAAAUACUGUUGGAGCUGAUGCUGUGGUUUUAAAUAAAGAAAAACAACAUAUCAC